AGUCGCAGUCGCUCGCUAGAACAAACCAAAACCCAAAAAUACGCGUAAUACGCUCUAGUGGCCAAAGUAUCUGUAUCUGUAGCGGUAGCCGAGUCUGAGCAUUCUGCAGUAACUCACUGUAUCACUUGUAGCUAAAAACAAAACGCGUGCUCGCAAAUAACAGAAACAAAAAAUAUAUAAAAAUCUCACAUCCGUAUCCGAUAAAGCGAAAUUUAAAUACGUCAAUACAACUUGAGUAGAUCUGCAGCUGAAGCCCAACAUAGUUUUUUUUCGUCUCCGUGUCGCGUUGUGAACAUGUGCUCCAGCUAAAUGUCGCAACACGUUGUAUAAAAAUCGAAUCGAAGAAAACUAAAAUUUCCACUGCUAGUAACUCCGCGAGAGUAAGAGAGAGAGAGAGAGAGAGAGAGAGAGAGAGAGAGAGAGAGAGAGAGAAAGAGACAGAGACAGAGAGAUCUCUAAUUGUGGAUCAAAGAAAACCCGCGACGCACACAUGACCACCACUUUGAAUAUGGUGAAAACUGGGAAAUGGUAUGACAAAAUCAUUGGCGUGCGGCAUGUGCAAUGCAUCCUGUGCUUCUUCUGCCUAUCCCUGGCGUAUGCGUGGCGCGUCAAUCUCACCGUCGCCCUGGUGGCCAUGUCAGAGCGGUCAAACCAAACUGGACUGGAUGAGGAUGUCAUCGAGGGGAAUUAUAACUUUACGGAGUCUGAGAAAUCCUAUAUGCAGAGCAGCUUCUUCUUUGGCUAUAUUGUGACCCAGAUCCCUGGCGGCUAUAUUGCUCAGCGCUAUGGUGCCAAGACGUUGCUGAUGAUGGGACUCACCGCCUGCGCAAUUCUAACACUUCUCUCUCCGCUUUCCUUGAAGGUGGGCGGCUGGCAGGGGCUUGGGGCGGUGCGCUUCCUGGCGGGCUUAACACAGGGCGCAGUGCAUCCGGCCACGCAUUCGCUGUUGUCCAAGUGGGCUCCGGCCAAUGAGAGGGGCAUGAUGAGCACCAUUUGCUAUUCGGGCUCUCAGUUUGGUACGAUCGUAACGCUGGCCACAAGUGGUUAUAUUGCGCACUCGUUUACUAGCUGGCCCGGCAUCUUUUAUUGUGGCGGCGCCUGUGGCUUCCUCUGGGUGCUCUUCUGGUGGCGCUUUGCCUCGAGCACGCCGGAAACGCAUCGCAGCAUUACGCGGGAGGAGCUCAAGUACAUUGAGGAGACACGCUCGGUGGGCAAAAUGCAGGAUGCACGCAAAAUGGCUCCAACUCCGUGGGGCAGCAUCUUUACUUCGAUGCCGUUUCUGUCGCUGCUUAUCGUUCACUGCACGCACAUGUGGGGCUUCUGGACGCUGCUCACACAAAUUCCCAGCUAUAUGAGAAACAUCUAUGAAUUUAAUAUCGAGUCCAGUGCGCUGCUCUCCUCACUGCCCUACGCUGUCAUGAUGAUACUCAGCUUCUUCUUCGUCUGGCUGUCCAAGGUGUUGCAGAAUCAGAAAUCUCUGUCGCUCUCCUUCAAUCGAAAGUUCUUCAACUCCGUCGGCCACUGGAUUCCCAUGCUCUCCCUGAUUGCCUUGGGCUAUGUGCCCCGAGAGAAUGAGCACUUGGCUGUGGCGCUGCUUACGCUGACUGUGGGCAUUAGUGCAGCCACCUAUCUGGGCUUUCAGGUCAACCACAUCGAUCUGUCGCCCAACUAUGCGGGCACAAUGAUGGGCCUUACGAAUGCUGCGGCGAAUGUCAUGAGUGCCCUAGCACCACUCGCUGUGGGUCAUAUCGUCAAAGAUCCGAAAAAUGUCAACGAAUGGCGUACGGUAUUUUUCUUGGCGGCCUUCUUCUAUUUCAUUGGAAAUCUGCUGUUUGUGGUGUUUGGACGCACCGACGUUCAGUGGUGGGACUCGCCAGAGCCUGUCGAUGAGGAGAGCGUGGAGGCGGGUGUGCCCUUGGCUCCAGACCAGCAGAAUGGCCAAAAGAUAAUUGCCAAAUCUUAAGCAGAACAGCGGUCAACUUAAGACAUCCUCAUGCUAAGUUGACUAAAUAUGGAUAACAAUAGUUUUACAUGAGGUUGUCCUUGCUGUUGUUUUCUUUAAUUAAGUACUACAUUUGUAAGACAAUAGCUGUAAAUUAGUUGGUAUAAGGGACAAGAGCGGAAAUUGCCAUAAUGACGAUCGCGUGCUUCCAUUAGCGAUAUUAAUAACAACAUAUGAUAAUUGUUUAGUUUAUAGGCAGCAUAAAUUAUUAUUUGCAGUAUUUUCCUACAAUGUACAUAAAACAAUAUACAUACAAAUGGUAAUGUAAACAAAGGAAAACUAAAAAAAAAGCAUAAAACAAAACGAAAAAAAAGCAUAAGUAUAAAAAUUUAGUUGACAAUGUAAAUAGCAUAAGUAAAUAAUUACGCCGCUCUAUUAAUUGUUAUGUUUUAAAUUGAAACUAUACCUUAACUAUCAUAGUUAUUAUUCAUUAGUUAAUUAGUUAAAUUAGUAAUAAACAAACAACCAACUUGUGAUGUACGAAAGAGAAAAGAAAUGAACUAAAAAAGGCAGAAAAGAAGACAUACAUAUACGUAUAAAUAUAUAAAGUCGGCAAUUGAACCAGGCUGCAGAUUUGUGUACAAAUCAAAUCAACAAAA